AUGUCUCGUUGUGUGAUUGUUCGUGAUGUUUGGGCUGAUAACUUGAGUUUUGAGUUCGGUUUGAUUCGUCGAGUUCUGGAUGAUUAUCCAAACGUGGCAAUGGACACUGAAUUUCCAGGGACGAUCAUCUUCUCCGACAAGCAUUACUCUUGUUUGUCUCCCUCCGACAACUAUUUCCUCAUGAAAUCGAAUGUGGACGCGUUAAACCUCAUACAAGUGGGUCUCACUCUGUCGGACAAUCAAGGCAACCUUCCCGACUUGUACACAGACAGUUGUUACGCGUGGCAAUUCAAUUUCCGAGACUUCGACAUCGAGUCUGAUGAUCUUCGUAACGCGGAUUCGAUCAAGCUGUUAAAGCGGCAAGGAAUUGAUUUCAAGAAAAACAGAGAAGAGGGAAUCGAUUCGAGAGAGUUUGCAAAGAUGCUUUUGUGGUCGGGACUGGUUUACAAAAGGCCGUCGAAGAGAUGGGUGACUUUUCACAGUGGAUAUGAUUUCGGGUUUUUGAUAAAGAUGUUGACGCACAGAGAGUUGCCUGAGAACCUCGAAACUUUCAUGGCUAUGGUGCAUUUUUACUUUGGUGGGAAUGUGUAUGAUAUAAAGCACUUGAUGAGGGAUUGCAAUGGAUUGAACGGUGGAUUGGAGAGAGUGGCUAAGGCACUCGGUGUUGAUCGUGCGGCUGGGAAAAGCCAUCAAGCUGGAUCAGAUAGCUUGCUCACCAUGGAAACAUUCUUGAAGCUUCUGAAGAUGGUAGACACGUCCAUCAUUAAUCGACUAAUCCAAGAAGAAGAAGAAGAAGAA